AUGGAGAUGUGCUUGGAUGAGAAGUGGAAGCUAUCGAGCAGCUCAAGGAAGGGGAGCCGGAGGUCGGCGGCGGUGGCGCCGGCGACCAGCGAGGCGAGCCCGAGGGGCCUCAAGGGCCGCACAUCAUCGAGGGGGCCCGCCGCCCGGUCUGUAGUUACGGGGCGGCUGGCGAGCCUGGUGAAGGAGCAGGGGGCCAGGUUCUACAUCAUGCGCCGCUGCGUCACCAUGCUCGUGUGCUGGAGGGACUAG